AUGAAAAACUGCCAAGUGAAGCUCGCAGGACUUCUGAAGGGAAGCCAGCAGGACUUGUCAGUGAAGCACGCAGGACUUCCCAGAGGAAGCCCGCAGGACUUCCACGACGGGAAGCCCGCAGGACUUCCACGACGGGAAGCCCGCAGGACUUCCACGACGGGAAGCCCGCAGGACUUCCACGACGGGAAGCCCGCAGGACUUCCACGACGGGAAGCCCGCAGGACUUCCACGACGGGAAGCCCGCAGGACUUCCACGACUGGAAGCCCGCAGGACUUCCACGGCGGGAAGCCCGCAGGACUUCCACGACGGGAAGCCCGCAGGACUUCCACGACGGGAAGCCCGCAGGAUUUCCACGACGGGAAGCCCGCAGGACUUCCACGACGGGAAGCCCGCAGGACUUCCACGACGGGAAGCCCGCAGGACUUCCACGACGGGAAGCCCGCAGGACUUCCACGACGGGAAGCCCGCAGGACUUCCACGACGGGAAGCCCGCAGGACUUCCACGACGGGAAGCCCGCAGGACUUCCACGACGGGAAGCCCGCAGGACUUCCACGACGGGAAGCCCGCAGGACUUCCACGACGGGAAGCCCGCAGGACUUCCACGACGGGAAGCUCGCAGGACUUCCACGACGGGAAGCCCGCAGGACUUCCACGACGGGAAGCCCGCAGGACUUCCACGACGGGAAGCCCGCAGGACUUCCUACGCAAUGCCCGCAGGACUUCCUACAGGAAGCCCACUGGACUUCCUACAGGAAGCCCACUGGACUUCCUACAGGAAGCCCACUGGACUUCCUACAGGAAGCCCACUGGACUUCCUACAGGAAGCCCACUGGACUUCCUACAGGAAGCCCACUGGACAUCCUAUAGGAAGCCCACUGGACUUCCUACAGGAAGCCCACUGGACAUCCUACAGGAAGCCCACUGGACAUCCUACAGGAAGCCCGCAGGACUUCCCAGAGGAAGCCGGCAGGACUUCCCAGAGCAAGCUGCAGGACUUCCCAGAGCAAGCCGGUAG